AUGGCUGAAAUAUCCAAUGUUAAAAAAGGAAAUAAGCGUUCAAGUCCUUUCCAGGAUACGAUAAUUAAAAUGUGGGUUCUCCUUGAGGGUCACCCAAGUCCUCGUAAAUUGAAAGCUAACUUAUUACAAGUUUCUGACUUGGAAGAUUUUAAAGAUAUUCUUAAAGAAAAAAUUCAAGUGUUAAAAAAUAUCGAACCAGAUGAUAUUGUACCAAACGAAUCAAAUGAACGUAUUUUAGAUUUUAAAAUACAAAUCAAAGGAAAAAAGGCGUUUGGUGAUUGGACUUUAAAAGAAGUGGGUAGCGAAAUUUAUAAAAAUACUUUUAUCUCUAUUGACUCAAUGCGGAAAUUAAGCUUGGAAGAUUUUCCUGAAUUGAAUCUGUCAUUUAGUGACAACGAAAUUGCAUACUUUAUUAAACAACUUGAGGACAAGGCAUUCGCAUUUAAUAAUAAAAUUAGCACAAAUGAAGCUACAGUAUGGGAAUAUAUAUCAAUUUUUAUGACUAUUGCUGUGAAACAUAUUCGAAAAUAUAUAGAUUCGAUAGCAGAAUUAAAUGUGGAGCCUGAACUUGAUGGGUCUCGAGGUUAUGGCAAUUUGAACUAUGAAGUUGUUGUACAGGAUGUUCCGGUAUUGAUUAAUGAGGCCAAAAACAAGACAUGGAAAAGAGAGUUGCUCAAAAUUUGGUACAAGUAUAUACUGCAGCUAAGAAAACAAAAACAUGAAAAAGUGGAUUCUUUACCUCCUAUGAUGUUUGCCAAAAUUACUCCUAAAAUUGUUUGUAACUGUAUUGGUAAUAAUUAUCAAGAAGCAAAAAAUGUGGUAUCAUAUAUUGCACGUUUAUUACAAGUUCAAUCGGAUAUAUUAAAAAAUGACAAUAAUCAGGAUAAAGAAAGAGAUAAUAAACAUUAUAAAUUUG